AACAGCUUCCUCCAACCCUGCGCCCUCCGGCUGCUUUGGACUGUGACUCCGGCCACCGGCUUGGAGAAGGUUGCAAUCCCUAAGCCACUGCGCGCCAUGACACAGGCACCUCCACAGAGACAAAGAGCCCUCGCCCUCCGCCCCUGGAGAAGCGCACGUCCAAAUCCCCGCGCGUUUAAGCGGCUGCCCUGCAGUUGCGAAGGCUCCUUCCAGCCCCCCGCGGCUCCGAGGCCGGCGCUCCCCCGGGCACCGGCGCAGAAAGGGUGUGCGGCGGGGAAACAGGUUCCCGCGGGGGAUCGUGCUGGGGUCCCCCUCUUUGCCGUAGGAGCAGCACUGGACUGAGGCGCCCCAGCGAUUUUAUUUUGAAGGAGGUGGAGCUUCACUGAAAUCUCCGUCCGUGGACUUGGAAAAAGAAAGCCCUUUUCCUUCUGAAAUCGCGGCGUGCGUGGCGAGAGGGUGCGCGCGACCUCCGAUUAGCUCUCAAAGCCCGGUUUGCUUCUAGCCGCCGCCAGCGCUUCAAGCCCGGCUGCUGCGCGGGUCAGCAGCGCUUGAGUGAGGCAACACACACCGUCAAGGCAGAGCCAGGGAGAGCGCGCCUGUUCGCCCGCCCGCUGGGCCGGGGCUACGAUUAGGGCUCUGUGGCGGAUUGGUCUCCCCGGGUAGCCGGCGCUCGGCGACUUGUUGAGAGGCGCCGCUCUUCCGUGUCCCCCAUGGAGGAGGACGUUCUGGACAAACUCGAGGACAUGGCGUCGGUGCAGGACUUCGACCCUCUCACGGGCAGCAUUCCUGCCACCAAAGUGGAGGUCACGGUCUCCGCCAGGAAUCUUUUGGAUAAGGAUACAUUCUCCAAGUCUGACCCAUUGUGUGUGCUGUAUACUCAGGGCAUAGAGACCAAGCAGUGGAGAGAGUUUGGCAGGACUGAAGUCAUCGACAACACCUUGAACCCAGACUUUGUGCGCAAGUUCAUCCUUGAUUACUUUUUUGAAGAGAAGCAGAAUUUGCGCUUUGAUCUUUAUGAUGUAGACUCCAAGAGUCCUGACCUCUCCAAACAUGAUUUCCUCGGUCAAACGUUCUGCACCCUGGGGGAGAUUGUUGGAUCACCAGGAAGUCGCUUGGAGAAGCCUCUGAU